CAUAACAUAAAUUUUCGUAUAUUGCUAAGCGGGUGCUUGGAUCAAUAAAGUCUGAAAGAUAUUUUAAACAGCUAUGGAUGAAACCCAAGAACAGAAGCAAGUCAAUGAAAUCGCCCCAGUUGAACAAGUUGAGCAAAGUUUUAUAGAAGAUACGGACGAGUCCGAACGGAACGAAAGGAAUCGACAAAAAAUGCAGAAUACAAGCUCUCCGGAUCUUUUCUUCGUGUUUCAAGAUGCUGCAGUAUACUUAAAUGAAGGACUUGACAAUGACAAAUUUGAUAAUCAUCCAACACGUAGAACAAUACAAUGGUACAACAUAGCCCACAGCACAUGGUACAACAUUUUGGACUUGAUGGCAUCAACUUUGUUAUUAAGCUUAGCACUUACUGAAAAGACUAAAGUUGAAACUGUCCCAACAGAGGAUGUUUUAAUACUCCCAGUUCCUGUGCAUGGUGUAAUGGAAAUAUUAACACUGACAAUUAUUGCAUGUGGAGUUUUUAUCAAAAUCAAGUGGCAGGGAGUAAAGUCAUUUUUUACUCACAAAAGAUCCUUGUUCAAAUUUAUUGUUUUAUGUAUUGUGUAUAUUGAAGCUAUAGUGGUAUUAAUACGAAGUGAGAAUCAUAUCAGAAUUACUAGAGCACUACGCCCCCUAUUUCUGAUUGACAGCGAAUACCUGAAAGGAACUAGAAGGGUUUUAAGACAAAUACUAUUCUCUCUUCCUCGAAUUCUCGGUAUUGUGCUGUUGCUACUAUUUUUCAUCUUUAUAUCUUCAAUGUUGGGCUUCUAUUUAUUUUCUUCUAAUACUAAAGAUGAGUACUUUGCAACUUUUGAGAGAAGCUUUGUCAGCCUGUUUGUACUCUUAACCACUGCAAACUAUCCUGAUGUAAUGAUGCCAUCCUAUGCCAUGUCUCGCUGGUCUGUCAUAUUCUUUGUCACUUAUGUUUCAAUAGCUAUAUACUUCUUAAUGAACUUGCUACUUGCUGUCGUUUAUGAAGCUUUCACAAGCAUAGAAAAGAACAAGUUUAGAAAGUUGUUUCUCCACAAAAGGCAUUCAGCAAGACAUGCCUACAGUUUGCUUUGCGAUAAGAACCCUCCACAUUGGAUAACACUUCCACAAUUCCUGGGGCUCAUGAAAUUCUUCAAGCCAAAACACGAUGUCCUGCAGAAUUACCUCGUAUAUAAAUCGCUUGAGAAGGACGUUAAAGGCGGUCUGAAUUUGGAAGAAUUUUAUGAGGUYUUUGAGAAAAGAGAACUUGUAUGGAGAAAGGUCUCAGAGCAUGAUGAUGAGUGGUUUCAUUGCUUGGCCCAUAAGAGGGGAUGUCGUAGUCUUCAUUACACUUUAAAAGGUAUCCAUUGGCUUGUCACUAGCAAAGCUUUUGAAAUUUUUAUCUACGUUGCAAUCGUGGCAAAUGGCUKUUCGUUCGUUUAUGAGAUUGUGAUGCUAUCAAAGGCUCCUGCUAAAGAGAGAAAAUUAGACGCUUUGCACAGCCAUUGGUACAAUAUUCUCUUUAUUUCAAUUUAUGGGACAGAAGCGUUUCUGAAGCUGCUUGGACUUGGUAUCAKACGAUACUUUCAUUCUGGUUGGAACUGGUUUGACUUUAUAGUUACUGUUCUUGGUAUAGCUGGGUUGAUCGGUGCGGCCGCCAACAGCUUUUCAUUUGCAUUCAUUGUUUGUCUCCGACCACUGCGACUUUUACKGCUUUUUAAACUCAAACAAAGAUAUCGAGAUGUGUUGGAUACGAUGUGGGUUUUGACACCAAGGAUGUUCAGAGUGAUACUGGUCAUCAUGUGCCUCUACUACUCAUUCGGUAUCAUUGGUAUGGAGUGUUUUGCUGGUCUUGAAUUGAAAAACUGUUGCGUGAACAUAUCAGUCGGUCCAAGCUUCGAGGAAGGUGGUUACUAUUACUUAAACAACUUCGACAACCUCCUACAUGCAGUCGUAACAUUGUUCGAGCUCACCGUGGUCAAUAACUGGUUCAUUAUCAUGGAAGGAAUAGUACACUCGACUUCUGACUGGAGUAGAAUCUACUUCAUGUCGUUCUACAUCAUCACCAUGGUUGUCAUGACAAUAGUUGUGGCAUUCAUUCUUGAGGCUUUCUUGUUUAAAAUACAAUAUCGAAAAGAACAUCCAGACGAAGAAACUGACAUGAGUAUCAGAACAGAGGUAGAAGUAAGCUACGAAGAACUGAUGGCACUCAACUCAAAGUUUUGUGUUGGUCUGGAGCCUGGAGAAACGGUAAUCUACAGAGGAAAGAGGCAUAAAACUAAGAUGGAUCUCAGCAUCAAAAUGUACUACGAAGAAGUUGAGGAGUGGAAGAAAAAUGAAAGAGUAUUCAACCUAACGGAAUCUCUCGACCAAAUGGAAAUCCGUCAAGACGAUUCAGCAGUGUCUCCCGUUGAGGCGCUGGGCGCGCGUUCAAUGAGCACGUUACCAAGAAUGACAGAAAUGUCCCCGCAACAGACAGCUACACUGCCGCCAUCUUUAUCACGUCUGGCCAGAGGCGUGAGAAAAACUUUUAAAAACCGCAAAAGAGGAUCGUCAGUGAAGAAUCAAAAUAACGUGGUAUGAUUUCGAAUUCCUUUCCACAGCGCAAUUUUCAUAUGGCUGUGAAAAUUAUUCAAACUUGCCGAGUAGGAACGCCGCCGUGACACGGCAAAGCAUACCCCAGACCAAUCGCAUUGCGCCACAGUUUACUUUCCAUCCAAUCAGAUACCCGGAAAACGGCAGGAACACGGCGCGGACGCGGUCACGCCAAGGUCACGGCACUGUCGGACCAAUAACAUUGCGCGAGACAAAAAAAAGGCAAUCAAAAUUCUAGAAAACUUUGAGUCCGCGACAAGGCACCAAUAAAGUACGGAACUUUUCACAAUCAUACGAAAACUACUCUAUGUAAAUAAAGAAGAUAAUUUGGUAUAAAUAGAUUGCUAAAGAUCAAAACACUGCAAUAUUCAUACAGGUGGAAUACGCAUCCACACUGCCCCUAUUAAAUCUUUCUUUCGUUCGUGUUCGUCUUCGUGUUCAAGAGAAUGAGAAAAAAAUCUGAAUAUGUCAUUUUCCUCGUCUUUAAUUUUAAAUCUCUCUUCCUUGGCCCGCCAAGUUUGGAUGCGCACGCAACCUUGAGCUAUGAGAUUUUGUCACCUUAGGGUAAAACACAGGGAGCCCAAGCUUUUUUAUUUUUAAAAAAACUACGUCUAAUAUUAACAGGCAAAUAUCCUAUUUUUUGUUAAAAUAGAGAAUAAUUCAAUCAAAAAUGAUGUUAUUAAUCUGGUGAUCCAUUCAGUCAAUUCGAUAACUCCGGAUAAAUAAGUAGUGUACUAGACCUAGAAAUAAGUGGCUUGCCCGACAAGAGCGAAAAACGUCUGCGCAUGCUCUGAAUCCGUAUGCAAAUUGGUUCAAACAUAAGUAAAUUUGACUUUCAAACAUGCCUGAUAAAUUGGACUUCACAAAAUGCUUAGUGUUCAUGCUUGAAACUUAAC